CGUAGGUGCUUGUGCUCUUCACCAGAAAGAUCAGAAACAUGAACCUUCAUUUGUAGGGGAACUGUCUUCGUAAUGAAAGCACAAUUUCCGAUGAUUGUAGUUUUGAAUUUAGAAGUGGAACGUUGUUCUAAAGGGGUUUCAUUACACAUUUUGUACAAAAUUGAAUGAGACUCGGAGGAUGACAUUUGAUAUGCUGGUGUGUAAUGGAGGGUAAUUUUGAACUUUCGUUUUGACACGGACUUUAUUUACCAGCAUGAAAAAGAGAAGUGAGGUAGUAUGGUGACACAUUUUGCACAUAAUUCCGAUAAAAAGUCGAAUGCAAAUUUCCACCAAUUACUGUCAAGGAUCAUGUUAUCAUAAUUCAGGCUGCUGUGUGUGGCGUAAAUAAAAUAGUGACCGAGUAAUAACCUCAGAAGGAGAUUCAUAAAAAAACGUCAGCAAACAUUGCGUCAGCUGCAAGAGAAGUCUAACACGUCUAACAUAAGAAGGGCGUUGCGCAAGUGCAACAUGUGCCGGUAGUUUAUUUCUUGCCACGAGGCCUUAGGUCAUCAAUUUUAAUUAAUAAACAAUUUAAGCCAACGUGGUAUAUUGUGAGCACGUUGUGGAACCAUAAGGAUAGAAAGUUUCAGGUAUCAUGUGUGGCAUUUGGGCAUUGUUUGGGAUGGAGACCUGCACUUCAGUUCACUCAAACACUUCCUUUAGUAAAAUUGCUCAUAGAGGCCCAGAUGCCUGGAGAAUAGAAUUUGACAAGAAAGUUAAGAACUCUGUUGUUGGUUUCCAUCGUCUCGAAAUCGUGGACUGCCUGUAUGGGAUGCAGCCCAUGAAAUUGCAUCAAUACCCUCAUCUCACUCUGCUCUGCAAUGGUGAGAUCUACAACUGCAAGAGGCUGAAGGAGCAGUAUGGGUUCAGCUAUGAGACAAACUGCGAUGUUGAAUGUAUCUUGCACCUGUAUGCCACAGGUGGCAUAGAACACUGUGCUCGUAGUUUGGAUGGUGUUUUUGUGUUCUGUAUAGUGGACUCUGCCAAGCGACGUGUGUUCAUUGGUCGUGAUCCUUAUGGUGUUCGACCCCUUUUUCGCCUUUACAGUACCACAGGGGUUCUGGGAAUCUGCUCAGAAGCCAAAGGUUUGAUUGACCUAGCACAUGAGCUGGAUGGAGCAGCCUGGAAUCUGGAGCCAUUUCCACCUGGCUUUGUGAAAGAGUACGAGAUUAAGGCAAAUGGCAGGACAAGCAUCAUAAUGAAGAAACCAUUCUACAACAUUGGAGAUCGGCCAUUCUUCAAGCCUUUCAUCCCAUAUGACGCUCUGGUCAGUGAGGAUAUUCAUGCCAACAUCCGGACACUGCUGACUGCUGCAAUCAAGAAGCGCCUUAUGGCUGACCGACGAAUAGGUUGCUUGUUGUCUGGGGGUUUGGAUUCAAGCCUUGUGGCUGCACUACUAGUGAAGUUGGCAAAGGAGGCAAAUUUGCCUUACAGAAUUCAGUCAUUUGCAAUUGGUAUGGGAGACAGUCCAGACAUCAGAGCAGCACGAACAGUGGCACAACACAUUGGAACAGAACAUCAUGAGGUCAUUUUCACUCCGGAGGAUGUGAUUAGGGUGCUUGACAAAGUGAUAUACCAUCUGGAAACACCUGACAUCACGACUGUCAGGGCCUCCAUUGGAAUGUACCUGAUAUCACACUUCAUCAAGCAAAACACCGACACAACAGUGGUGUUCAGUGGCGAGGGUGCUGAUGAGGUGGCGCAGGGUUACAUUUACUUCAGGGAUGCCCCAUCAGCAGAAAUGGCCCAUGAAGACAGUCUCCGUCUGCUCAAGGACAUAUAUUUAUUUGAUGGACUGAGAGCUGACCGCACCACAGCGGCACACAGUUUGGAGCUGCGUGUACCUUUCCUCGACCUGCAGUUCACAAACUACUACUUGGGGCUACCAGCAGCUGCACGGCAGCCACAGGGAGGUGUUGAGAAGCAUCUGCUGCGCUCUGCAUUUGAUUCAACAGAUUUGCUGCCGAAGUCCAUCCUGUGGAGACAUAAAGAGGCAUUCAGUGAUGGUGUGGCAUCAGCAAAGAAGUCACUGUUCCAAGUGAUUCAGGAAUUGGUGGACUCCCAUCUGAAUAUUGAUGCGCUAGAGAAAGCACCUGGAAAGUACCCACACUGCACGCCAACCACCAAGGAGUCACUUUAUUACAGGGAGGUGUUCGAGAAGAACUUCCAACAUCAGAGCCACUUCCUGCCUUACUUCUGGAUGCCUCGCUGGACUGAUGCAAGAGAUCCAUCAGCACGGUUCAUCAGCCAUUAUGCAGCGGACAAACAGUGACUUGUUGGAUCAUUCGUGAAUUUUGGCUUCAUAAUGCAAAAGAACUGACCUGGAUACAAUUCUAUAUUGUUCACUUGAACAUGGAACUUUUGUGUUGAGUGCAAGACAUAAAUUACUCUUUGCAAACCAUUCUCAUCAGAAAAGGGAUCAGGCAUUAAACUGGUAGGUAUUUCUAUGGCCAGUAUUUCAGGUAACUUUGACUUUAUCUCCACUAUGUCAUUGGGCUUCUCCAUAUUUAAUAUAAAUUAUUAUAAUACCUUGGAGUGAGAAUGGCUCAGUCAGUAUACCAACAGGGUUGUAGACUGGAUGACCAGAGUAUCAUUCCCUGCAGGGACAGAAAUCUGCAUAUGAAGCUCAUCCUGGUUUAUAUCCGAUGUGGACCAGGGAUCAGUGGUGGUACAGCAGGAGGCAUAUGAAACUGACCAUUCAUCUGUAUCUACUGUAGAGGCUAUGCAGGGGCUGAACAAAGUAAUGAAAACACUACAGAUACUGUACACAUUCCAUUAUUAAUGUUGUGACAGAAUAAUCCAUUGCUAGGCAUCGGCUCUGUAAACACUACCUAAAAGCCGGAAUAGUGGAGCUAAAGCGGACAUCCAUUACUGAGUGACAGCUCGGUAAUGUUCCCACUGCAACAAAUAGCAACAAACGAGUUGUUGCUGGGUAGCAAGUCACUGAACACAAGGGUCCCGUGACAAGCAGAAUAACAGAGGAACUGUUCAGUGUGGUGACUUACAUUUGGGCCACAUGGAAGUUAUAAAAGGGUCAUGAUUCAUUUGCAAGAGAGGACAGGAGUUCCAUGUGUGAGCAGUGAUUCGUCAUUCAUCAUUCAUCGCAGUAGAAGAGCAGACACUCAUAGUCCAGUAAGGAAUUGAGCGAGUCAUUGAUUGUGAGCUGUUAUAAUUGGUUGUAAUUGUAAGGAAGUGCCAACAAAUCCAAUCACAUAAUCCAUAACCCAUUAUUAUUAUUAUCAGUCAUGUAAACCCUGUAUACAUACCAGUAUGGCGUUAGACCAUCUUUUGCCUUCAGUACAGCCACGGUCCUUCUUGCAAUGGACUCAUACAGGUUUUGAGCACUCUCUAGUGGAAUUUUAUACCAUUCUUCUUGGAGAACAUCUUCAAGUUGUUUUAGAAAUUUUGGCGGUGGGAAUCUGCCCCUCACUAUAGCCUCCAAAACUGACAAGUUGUUUAAUGUUGUUCAAAUCUGGUGAUUGUGCUGACCAAGGAAGAUGUUGAAGUCCACCUUCAUGCCCUGCAGACCAUGAAUGAACAGUUCUAUUUUUGUGAAUGGGGCAUUAUCAUCUUGGUGGAAAACUAUUGUUCAAAAAUAUCUGGAUCAUGGGAUGCACCUGAUAGCCCAGUCUGUUCAUGUACUCCCUUGCAGUAAUUUGGCCGUGACUGGUAAUAAUGGGACCAACAGAAUACCACAGUAUUGCUGCCUAAACCAUGACAGAACCUCCCCUGUGUUUCACUGUUGGAACCAGGCAUUCCGGAUUGUAGGCUUCCUUGGGUGUUCUCCAAACAUAAACUCUUCCUGAUAUAGGGAACAGCGUGAAGGACGACUCAUCUGACCAUAUGUGGGAAUUUCCAGUUGUCUGAUCCAGGUAUUAUGGUCAUGACACCAUUGUUCACACAUCGCAGCAGAACUUAACGGUGAUCAGAGGUUUAGCAGUUGCAGCCCUACAAUGGAUGUUGGAUUUGUGAAGCUCAUGUCAGACAGGUUUUGUGGAAACAGGGUCUUCAGGAUACAAAUUCGAUUUUGCUGUCACCUGUGCUGCUGUAGUUGUGUGAUUUUUUAAAUAGUCCUCAGUAUGUGACAGUCUCUUUCUGUCAGUAUUGAUUUUUGCCCACUGUUCCCUCUUUGCUCAUGUCGUCUUCCCAUUAUUUGUGUAUAGCGACAUAACCUUAGAAACUGUCACUCUCACUACACCUAAUAGUGUGUCAGUUUGUAACCUUAGAAACUGUCACUCUCACUACACCUAAUAAUGUGUCAGUUUUUGUCACAGAUGCUCCAGCUAAAUGCACGCAAAUGAUCUGGCCUCUUAUAUAAUCAGACAGGUCUCUCAUUUUCUGACCCUUUCACAUGGACUCUCACUCAAGCCAAUUAAUUCAGUGACAUGAUCGCUACAGAACGUAAACAACGGAAGAAGAACAUUCAGUGUUGUCAACUGAAGUUCUUUCAAUGUAGCCAACGCAAACAGAUUCCAUUCACAAUUUUGUAGUGUUUCCAUUAUUUUUCCACCCCGUGUAUAUGCAUGGAACUAUGCAAUGAAUUUCCCAUCAUGGCGUAGUGCUUAAAUGAGCACAGAGACAACUUUUUAUUUUGUAAAUGUAAAAUGUGUAAUUAAAUUACACUGUGAAAGUUAGUAUGACAUAAAUAAUAUUUAUUAUUGUUUGCUGGUUUUGGUUGUGACUAUGCAUCUUUAUAUUUUGAUAUAAGAAAAAAAGUAGUCAAAAAGUUAAUAUUUUGUUACUGACUUAAUUUAUUACACUUGUUGUUCUUUUAUAAAGGCAUUUCACAUUAAGGUGCUCUAAAGGACCUGUGUAUGUGAUUGAAAUAUAAAUGUGGGAAUUGAAUGGUUUC